UCCUCCUCCUCCUCCUCCUCCUCCUCCUCCUCCUCCUCCUCCUCCUCCCCUCCGUCGACGACGGCCUUGAUGCCGUGGACAUGUUGCGCUGGCCAUGUGGAGUCCACGCCAGCAGCGGAGGACGUGUCGUCCGACGCCUCCCGAUCCCCGACGGCACUGCCGUCCGACGCCUCCCCGUCCCCGACGGCAAGGGGGCGCUCGACCUUGACCCUCCCGCUGCGGCGCGUGCACAUGGAGGCUUCGCAGGCUUCCCAGUACCUCAGCGGGACGUCCAUGCCAGAGGUCACCCCCUCCCUCACAAUUGCAACCUCGGCGUCUUCAUGGAAAGUAAGCUCGUUGAGGGACGACGACGGCGCCAGCGAGGUGGACGAAGACGACUGGUCGGUGCCGUGCGAGUUCGACUUCGACCCCGCGGACGACAGGCCGCGCGUCGUCAUCAUCGGCGCAGGCUUUGGGGGCAUGAAGGCCGCCAGGGAGCUCAGGCAUGGCUUCCGCGUCACGGUCGUCGACUGCAAGAACUAUUUUCAAUAUGGGCCGGGCGUCCUGCGCUCGUUUGUUCAGCCCGAGCAUUUCGACAAUAUUUGUUUCCCGCUGAGGCCGAUCUUGGAGGGCGACAUGAGCUGCAAGUUCGUGUGGGGCGAGGUGCUGUGCAUUCACAGCGAAACCCGGUGCAUCGACGUGACCCGCCUCCAGGAGUAUUGCGGCGACGACGCGAGGCGUUGGCGCGUGGACAACGUCACUGCGUGGCCGGCCAGGAAGUGCCCUACACCUUCGGUCGUCGAGUUCGACUACUGCAUCAUCGCCGCGGGGUGUUCGUACAAUAAGAUGCGGCUCACCAGGGGCGCGUCGUUGUGGUUCCCCACGGUGCUGAGCGCCCACAUGGAGGCUUCCGCUUGGAGACACCACGACGAGCGGACCAUCGAGGGCCGUCGUAUGCACAUCACUGAGGAGUUUGAGAAGCUGCAAAAGAUGAACUCGGAGAAGGGCACAGCCCUGGUGGUCGGCGGGGGGUUCAUCGGCGUUGAGUGGGCUUGCGAGGUGAAGGCGGUGUUCGAGGACAUCGAGGUCGUCAUCGUCAGCCGCCCGCAGCAGAUUCUGUCCCGGUGGCCGAAGCGUGCGGUCGAGUACGCACAGGCUCACCUCGACCGAACCGAGGGCAUCAGAUGCAUCUUCGGGACGUUGUACGACCCCAACGACCUCCAAAUUUACGACAAACUUGGCCUCGACUCAGCACCGAGCGCCGUGUAUGCGUGCACUGGCGUGCAGGCCUCUGUGAAGUUCAUUCCUCCGGAGUGCCUUACGGAGUCCCGCGAGCUCGGCGAGGACGAACGAGAAGUUGGGUUGUUGGGCGCGGGCGGGGAAAUGCCUAACCGAUCCCGUCAAAGCAGAGGGUGGGUGCGAGUGAACAAAAAAUUACAGGUUGUUACCCGGACAGAGGAUGGCGACUUGAAGCCGUGGUGCGUGGACGAUGAGGGCCGGUCGCGCUUGUUCGCGAUCGGGGAUUGCACGAGCGUCGUGGGGCUUCACCCGCUGCCGAAGCAAUGCUACCCCGCAGAGGAGCAGGCGUUCUUCGUGUCCCGCAUCAUUCAGAUGACCGAGGCGGAGGUGCAGGGCGCCCCAGAGCGGGCGAUGCUGGGCUGCGGGCCUCCGCAGCCCCUGCCGGACUCGCACUGGCCCUGGGGCGCAGGCAUGGUCGUAUUGACGCUGGGGUUCCGCGACGCCUGCUUCGUCUUCGCCAACACGCACGAGGAAGGUUCGGGCAUCGUUGGGCUCGUUGGCAUGUUGGCGGUUCUCCAGAAGGACGUCAUCGAGCUGUCGAAGAUGAACGAGGAGAAAAACCGGAUCGUCGGGAAGGCGAUCUGGCACUAUGUGCACAACACACCGUUUCACCUCUGGGGAGAAGGCCCGCUGUGCGGCUACUGAGGUCCUCCACCGUUCUCUGCACACGCGUGGACACCGGCCGCGGGGGAGGGCG